UGAAAAGUAAUCACGUGAAUAUUUGUAGAUCUGCUGGUUUUGCGAGCUGCUGCCCGAAUCGGAGGAUUGCGUAUCCCGUGUCCGUGUUUUUCGGAUUUUUGCUAUCGUUGACCACCGUUUUCCGUCGGUCACUAGGCGUCUUUUGCUGCCUUCCGGACUGUUGUCGGCUGUACCAGCAAAAAGUGCACUGCGCGGAUAAACGUUUGUGUUUGCAAGUGCCCCACAGUUAACUGCAAUUGAGUAUCCACAAUGGCGGAGUACUGGUUGAUAUCAGCACCGGGUGACAAAACGAUGCAACAAACCUGGGAAACGAUGAACAAUGUGACCAGCAAGCAGAACAACCUGUGUGAAAACUUUAAGUUUCACAUUCCGGAUCUGAAGGUUGGAACGCUCGAUCAACUGGUCGGUUUGUCGGACGAUCUGGGCAAGCUGGAUGCUUACGUUGAGCAGACGACCCGUAAGAUUUCCGCCUACCUCGGGGACGUGCUGGAAGAUCAGCGUGAUAAGCUGUACGAGAACUUGCUGGCCAACAACAAUGACCUUACCUCGUACAUCACCCGGUUCCAGUGGGAUCUGGCCAAGUACCCGACGAAACAGUCGCUGCGCAACAUUGCGGACAUCAUCUCCAAGCAGGUCGGACAAAUCGAUGCCGAUCUGAAGACGAAGUCUGCCGCGUACAACAAUCUGAAGGGUAACCUGCAGAAUCUGGAGAAGAAGCAAACUGGCAGUUUGCUGACCCGCAACUUAGCGGACUUGGUGAAGAAGGAACACUUCAUCCUGGACUCGGAGUACUUGACCACGCUGCUCGUAAUCGUACCGAAGGCCAACAUCAACGACUGGAAUGCACACUAUGAAAAGAUCACCGACAUGAUUGUGCCCCGCUCGUCGCAGCUGAUCAUGCAGGACAGCGACUAUGCGCUGGUGAACGUGACCCUGUUCAAGAAGGUGGUGGACGAGUUCAAGUUGCACGCUCGCGAGCGCAAGUUCGUCGUGCGUGAGUUCGUGUACAACGAGGAGGAGCUGGCUGCCGGCAAGAACGAAAUCACCAAGCUGGUCACGGACAAGAAGAAGCAAUUCGGUCCGCUGGUCCGAUGGCUGAAGGUGAACUUCAGCGAGACCUUCUGUGCCUGGAUACACGUGAAGGCACUGCGCGUUUUCGUCGAAUCGGUGCUGAGAUACGGUCUGCCGGUCAAUUUCCAAGCCAUUCUUAUCCAUCCGAACAAGAAGAGCACAAAGCGUCUCCGGGAUGUGCUCCAGCAGCUGUACGGACAUCUGGAUGGUUCGGGCUCAUCGGCCGGUGGCAAUGCGGAUAACGUUGAUAUUCCUGGGCUCGGUUUUGGACAAUCGGAGUACUUCCCCUACGUGUACUAUAAACUUAACAUCGACAUGAUCGAGACGAAAGUUUAGGGCGGGAUAACCCUUGAGUAAUCGGGGAGCAAACACCAGCGAUAACAAAUCAAGCUGCAUUGCAUCACCGCUACACACCAUACGUGCGCCGUUCAGAAUGUUGCUCCAUUCGACCAAACUACUAGUUUUGUUCCCUCCCGAUUCGAUAACGUCCCCAAAAAUCAGGGUGCGUUAUGCAUAGAGAAAGCGCUCGGGUCAGCUUCCCCCCCAUCCCUACUGUAUUUGUUAUGUUUUUUCUCGCACAAAAUUCUCGUAUCCUUUCCUACACAUAAAAUUCUUCUAGUUGUGGCACAAUUCUGUCGCUAGUUGGGAUUCCGUUCAACAACACCUUGCGUUCUCGAUUCCCACACGUUCCGUAGACUAUUUGUUUUCCUGUUUGUUUCUAUUUUCUUUUAUAUCAUUCUCCCCUCCGGUCCUUUCUACGGUCCAAAGGGGAAGAAGUUAAACAAAUUUCGCACGCACAUCCUUGCGUUGGUUGGUCUGUUUGUAAACUGUUGAUUAUUUUAUUGCUGAUUUUUUAUUGAUUAUUGCGUAAUGUAGAAGGUACGAUAAUCGAAGCACGAAUUCUAUUCGAUUCAGUGUAAUAUUAACUUUAUGUCGAUAAGUGUUUAUAAAGUCAACGAGUACUACGAUUCGAGAAGUGCACUGGGCGAGUUUGGAUACAUUGUAGUAUAAAGACCUUGAUGGACGAAACUGCUAAAAAAAAAUGUUGUGUACAUCUUCCCACGUUGGCUGGUUUGGUGAAGAACGGAACAAUACCACCCUCAUCCGUAUCCGUUCCGUCGUUCAGGGUCGCUACUUAAAAAAGAACACAACCCCCCUCCCCGUGGUCCAAACACAAUUAUAGUAUUAUCUCGUGUCACAAUCACAUUCACCAACCGUCGUCCUUUUCGUCGUCGUUGUCGUCGUCGUCGUGUUGAAGUCUGAAAGACUGUUCGUGGGUCUCGUUGGUAAUGCUUUCCUUUGAACCGUCAGUGUACCAUUCGGAUGACGCCCUGGUUCCCGUCACGAAAUGCGUAAAUUAUUCUGUUACGUCCUUUCCUUCCCUACGGACUCAUUGAUUUCGUUCAUUUAUCGGUCUGUCUGCUGCCCAGGUCUCGGAAGCCAAAUAACACCAGCAUAAACAUCGCUACAAGGCAAUUAGGAAAAUUAACAUCAUGUGCCCCUGUCCUCUCUCUCUCGCUGCCCCUCUCCUCUCCGCAGACAAGGUCCGUUUUGCCCGUAGUAGAGAAAGGUAACUAAUAUGAUGGACGUAUAAAAACGAACACGCAAAGAGUGUCAAAAAGACCGUGAUCGCAUGGUCAACGUAUAUUGUAAGCUCUAAAGUCUAAACAUCCCGCGCCAUGCCGGAAGAUAGUCCCGCCCCGAGUCCCGGUAACGGGAGGUUCUAUUAAACUGUACUCUGUAAGGCAUU